UACACUACCAAGUUCAAGAGCAUCUCGCGCAUCACGAUCACAAAAAAUAAAUAAGAACCUACACAAAUUGGGCACGAAUGGUAUCGAUCACUGGUAGGUAUAUAUAAAAAUGUGUAGUUCGAGCGCGGCUCAUACACUCGACACACACCGCAUCAUGCACGCGUACCUCGCGCUUGUCAUCGCGCUCGCGGCGCCCGCGCUCGCUGCCCCCGAACCCGCCCGCCUCGGCUACGAGAGGGAAAUAAUCUCUAGCAGAUACCCAGGUCCUAAGCGACUGGAGUCCUACGUGCUCACAGAGGACUACCUCGCGUCGCAGAAGAACAGGGCGAAACUCAUCACCAAGCCGAGACCUAUUGAAGACGUAGCCGAAGACAAUGUGUUAUUACAAUCUAAUGUGUUAAGUAUAGUGAGACCAGCGAAACGCAACGUGGAAAGCCAAGUUAGUGAUGCACUCGUUCGGCAGCGACGAGGAUACAACCUGGAGAACGUGAGGGUGCCGGCACGGUACCCGUACCUCCCUGUGCCAAACUAUAACCGUUUCCGGCGCUGGGGCUAGUGGCCGCCGCCGGGCCGGGUGCUCGCCUCCACCAAAUGUCAAGGCUGCGCCGACCGCGCGCGCAUCCCCUGCGCAUGGACGUGCGCACAUCAGAUCAGACUGUACUUAAGUUUAAUGUUAUUUAUAUGAAGUGGCUGUGAUCGAACGCUCAAGUUAUGCCGUUACCUGAACGGUUAGAGGCAACGAUUGACAUAGUUAUAGAUUUAAUGUGAACUGCACAUCGAUAGUGUUGUAAACAAUAUGUAAUAGGAAGUAUUAGAUAAUACAUGAUAAUAUUUAAAAUUA